AUGUGUCUGAACAUGUCACUGAAGAUUAUACAAUGUGCUGCACUUUUGCAAGCACAAAUGGCAGGUGAAAGAAUGGCCUACAAGCUUAAUUUUGCCUACGUUUUUGCUAUAUUUCAACUAUUUUUUGCCCAUUAUAAAUCUUUUAAUCAAGUAUUUGUCAUUGUGAGUGCAAAUACAGCUCCUAACUCUUGUCAUUUUUCUAUGUUAGCUAUGAAUAUCUCUACUUGUAUUUAUACAAAUAGCUUGCCAGCAUCUUUGUCUCUUCACACUAUCAUUUGCUUUUUUAUAUAUUAUGUCAGUGAGCUUCAAUGUAAUCUAGGUAGCUUCAGUAGUCAGGCAAUUAUAUUGCUCUUAGCAAACGCCAAUAAAACAGUGCUUAAAACCUGUCCAAAUUUGGAUACUGAUUUCUUUUGGUGUGAUGCUAAUUAG